AAUUCAUUUUUUGCUCCUAAGGCUGGUUUAAAGUUUCUGUGGUCACAGUAUAGGAAUUAAUAAGUUUUGAAGGAUUUGUAAGAAAUGUUUGAGAGAACACUUCUCGUUUGACUUUACUCAUGACUUAGUUUAUUAAAUAAGAUAUAUUUAUAGCUGCUUAAAAAUGUUACUAAAUUUUUUUCAGAGAAAUCAAUAUGAUUGGAUACAUUCUGUUCGCCAUUUUCGUUGUUGCUGCAAACGCAAACAAUGCCAGGUAAGUUGUAGACGAAGAGCGAAGUAGCUCUAGUCGGUAAACAAUAAAAGAGUUGGUGAGAGUUGAGAAGCGAGAGAAUUUUCUCCGCGUUGCUCCAAUGCCCCGUCAAACGAAAACAAGAGUUUCAUGAGAGUUGAUGAUGUGAUCUUACGCAUGCAGCGAAACCUUAUUACGCAGCGAAAUACCUCAGCUGUCAAACGAGUUGCACGAGUGUUUUCUCAACUCUCAAACGAGAACAAGAGUUGCAUGAGAGUCACGGACUUGCCGACUGAGUUACUGAUCAAAAGUCUUGUCACAACUCUCAUCAAAAUUAUAAGCUCCGCAUCCUACCCGUCUUCUCCUACGAAAAUUUCAUGAUUUCAUAUAUGUUAAAAUGCUUUUUCACAUGCAUGUGAAGUGUUCCAAUUCUACAUGCGCCAAAUAAUUAUAAUUUCACAUGUGAAUUAAUUUUUACCUAUGAUCCUUAAUUUCACAUGUGAAAGAGUAUGUAAAAUUUCACAUGUGUGAAAGUUUUAGAACUUUCACAUACGAAACAAGCAUUUAUGCGUGUGAUGUUCCAAUUCCACCUAAAAUUUCACAUGUGAAAUGAUAUGUGAAUUUUCCAUAUAUGAUAUGUUGUGGUUUGAGAUCGGGCUGCAGGCGCUAUAAACAAUGUCUCUUUUUGUAUCCAGAUUAUCAGGUUGGAAUAACGCAGCGUAUCAAAGACAACAAGACGCUUUAAAUGCACAAUCAGGUGAAUAUUUUAAAACAGUCAUCCUAUAGAUAGAAGCAUGGUCUAUUGAUAUCAGUUUACCUGGUCUUUUUAUCAAAUAAAAUAGUGCAUGGGUAUAACAUAUCACCAUUAUUCACAAGUUGACGUUUUACUGAAUAGUAAUGUUUGCUAUUUUUCUGCAACCCAUUGAGUGCCAGCCACUGAUCUAUUAGAUCAGUGGUGCCAGCUCUCUCUCUCUUGGCGAGAAAACUCGUCUGGCGCUAGACAGAGUAAAAUGAUAAAGUAUAGGGCGAAUUGCAUGGGGCACAAUGCAACUUAAUGGGUUAAACAUCCUGCACGUUUUAGCCAUUAAUUUUUAAUCAGCCAUUUUGCGCCUCAUAAUUCAGAUUAAGUACAUAGCAAUUAGCAAGUGUCAAAAUUUGAAUUCUUUAUAUCUUUAUAAAUAUCUCUCUUUGUGGUUUUUUUUUACUAAAAACAGCUCGUCCUGGGGACAAAGUAUUUUUUUAUUGCCAAUUAAUGUCCUUUAAAUAGAAAACUUUUUUUUACCCAAUUAUUAUUUUUUAAUUCAAACCGUCAAAGAGCAGUCCCUAAAUGUGUCCUCUAUAUUUAUACAGGGACAAUUCAAGGACAAUACAAUGAGAUCCCUACUGAUACCUAUGUCAGCCAUUGGACCAAUGAAGUUCUCGCCAUAGCUCGUGGAGCAACUCAGAUAACAAUUACUAACCAUAAUGUGAACAAUGUCAAAAUUGGUAAGUCAAUGAAACUGCUACAUUUACUAUUCUAGAACAUUUGGAACACUGUUCUGGAACGAUAUGAAAUGGAGUGCACACGCAGCCGGUGUUCUGGAACAGUGUUUAGUUUAUUUUUUGUGCUUACAACCAUGCAUUACUAUAUUCAUUAGUUAUUCGCAUAAUUUGCUGGAGAAUUUGUAUAUCUAACUAAAAACUCAUUAGUAAUUGUUUAAUCAAUGUUUGUAAAUCGGAUAAAGGUUUGUCCUGAUUUACAUAAACUUCAGCUUUGAUUUUCUCGGCUUAGACAAUGUUUAUUUUUAAAAUUACUUCGCCAAUGAACUCAUAAGAUGCGUCGUAUUUUAAGCACAUUUAUAAAACAUUCGCAUCCGAUCUUUAUCAGGGGCAGGUUAUACGAAGGCCGGAUAGCGCUAUCCACCGGAUAGUGAUUUUUUCAACCUUGUAAAAGUGCUUGAAAAACUGUAAAACUACGGAUAUAGAGGACACAAGAAGUAUGGCAUAGUAUAUAUAUAUAUCUCGCCUUCGCCUCGAGUUUAUAUAAUAUAGUCUAUAUACUUUUGCACCCAGUCGCCUCAUCGGCUCGUGAACCACUUUCUGACGUCAUACGGUGUAAUAACUAAACAGACAACGCAAAAUCUUAUCUACUUGUUAAACAGUAAACGAAAUCUAACACCAACUUCGUUUACUCGCACCCUCGCGGCAGUAACUCGAACAAUUUGUCGAAUUAAUUUUUUACUUCUCUUGGGAGUUCGAGUUAGCUGAGGUUCUACGUAGUAAAAAAUGACCUUGUACGUGAAAAACUAAACAAACUCAAAUAUUUAUAGCUGUUGGUUACAAAGGAGCAAAUAGUGGAUCUCUUAGUCAUCCGUGGUGGACUAAAAGUGGUGAUCUGGUGGAAUAUUUUUCUGAGGGAGGAGUGCAAUGUGUAUACCAGAGGACUGGUCAAGUAGCCACCGUCCUCAUUUCAGGUACGUUGUGUACACACACGAAAAUCUCACAUCUUGUCUGCCAACAAGUCGUCAAAAAGUUGUGUUCGCACUUCUUGUCCCAAGUUGUCAACACGUUUAGAACAAUCUGUCCAAGAAUUUGUAACAACCUUGUUGAUAUUAACAAACUUGUUGCAAGGCUGUUCCAACAAGUCCGAUACAGUCAUGAUAUAACAAUACUGUUACAACCAUGUGUCGUCAACCUUGUAACAUUCUUGUUAUAUAUAUAUCAUGACUGUAUCAGACUUGUUAGAACAACCAUGUAACAAGUCUGAUAAUGCCAUCAAGCGUGUUACAAGUUUGUUCCAAACUUGUUACAACAACUGGGAACAAGCAGUGCGAACACAAACCAGUGUAACAACUUCAAUUGUGCGUUUUUCUUCUCGUGUGCGGCCGACAGUUUUUCAUGAAGAUAGAACCUCUCGAGGACUUGACUUGAGGAAAAUAUCCAUCGUGUUUGAUAUUUUUCACCUCGCGAGGAAAAAAUCUCAACGUCUUCGGAUGUUGCGAGCUUUAAAAUUAGUGCUGAGCUGCUUGAAUUAACUAUCCAACGAAGACCCAUAGUUUCUUCACGUGACUUUUGUCAUAAUGGCGACAAUGAAAAUGCAUAGCAGAGCUAACUGCUACCGAGGCGGUUGGGCGGGUUGGCUCAGCAAUUUCCCUGGUUUACUGCAUGGGCCAUCCCGGCUCAUAUGAGCAGGCCCUUAUUUCAAUUUGUUCAUUUUAUAGGCCCAGCCAACCCUGUUGUUGGAGGAAACCAGAACCUGAAUCUCAUAGUUGGAGCAUUACGUACCAGUAGCAACUCUGGGCCAGGUCAUAUCACUUGGACAUACACAGCUAACUAAUUAGAUAGUUGAUAAUUACUCCAAAACAUGUCAUAAUACAUUUUGAAGAAUACUUGAUUAAAAUACAACGCAUUAAUUUUUGUGUUCAGUGUAUUACUCGUGUUUACGUACAUUGUCGUACAAUAUUAGUUAAAGAAAAGGACAAAAAAUAAAAAAUAUCAUUCCAUAUUCUAAUGUGAAAC